UUACUUUUAAACUAAGAUAUUUUUGUGAAAAAAUAUAAGCAAUAUAAUAAUAUAAAAAAAAAUAAUAUGCUGUAAAACUUCAAAAAAAAAAUUCUUCAAUGACAUUCAAUGAAAUUCAUUGAAAUUAUUCAUUUAUAAUGAAUCAUCGAUAAGGAACAAACAUCAAAAUUUAUGUUGGUUAUUCAAUUUACAAAAUGCACUAGAAAAAAAUCCAGCAACGAUAAGCAUUCAAGAAUAAGACAUAUAAGACACCUAAAAAUGUCUUUCUUAAAACAUUUGUUUAGCACCAAAGAAAGCAAUAUAUCCGAGAUUUCUUAUCCAACCAAUGUCGUUCAUGGAAUCCAUGUAGAAAGGAAUAAAUUGACAGGAGAUUUAGAGGGACUGCCAAACCAAUGGAAAAAAAUCCUUGAUACGCAAUUUACACAGGAUGAGCAAAGUCAAAACCCAGAUGCUGUUUACCAGGCAAUGAAAUUAUUUCAGUACAGUUGCAAGCCAAAGAAAGACAAUGAAACGUAUAUAAAGCCAAUUAUCACGGAAGAAGUUAUUUCAGAAGAGUCAAAAGAAAUCGAUGACUACAUCAAAAUAAAUUUGGCUAAUAACACAACGUUAACAACCUCUUCAAGCAACGCUUCUAGCAACAAGUCGUCUUAUAGUGAAGACAGUAAUAGCAAUACAACAUUAAAAAGCAUUGUGUUUGCCACACCAAAAUAUGAAAAGAUUGAUACGAAUAAAGUAUAUCCACCGCCAAUACCUGCAAAAAGUUCUCAGGUAAAACCUGCUAUUAAACCAAAACCGAAAGUAACAAGUCACAAAAAAACUGUUUAUACAAAAAAGGUGAAUGAAAUAGAAACGAUCACCGACGUAAUUCAAGAUUGCAAUAAUGAAGAAAGUUUUCUUCGACAAAAAGAUACUAAGGACCGUUCUGUCAAAACAGACGAGCAAAUUUAUGCUGAAUUUCGUAAAAUUUGUAAUUUAAAUGAUCCAAAUUUAAGAUAUGAAAAGAAGAAAGAAGUAGGAAAGGGAGCGUCAGGUGUCGUUUUUAUUGCUUUAGAUCAAGAAACGGGAGCUGAAGUAGCUAUAAAAGUAAUUGAUUUGAAUAAUCAGUCGUCUAAGGAGUUGAUUCUUAAUGAAAUACGAGUCCUCAAUGAUUUCAAUCACAAAAAUUUAGUCAAUUUUCUUCAAGCUUAUUUGAUUGAGGAGAAAAACCAUUUGUGGGUUAUACUUGAAUACAUGGAUGGUGGUCCGUUAACGGAUGUAGUAACUGAGACUAUUAUGAAAGAAAGACAAAUAGCGUAUGUUUGUAGGGAAGUGCUAAAUGUCAUAAGUUUUUUGCAUAGUAAAGGCAUUAUUCAUCGUGAUGUUAAAUCUGAUAAUAUCCUGUUAGGUAUGGACGGUUCCGUGAAAGUAACGGAUUUCGGGUUUUGUGCAAAUAUUACUGGAGACGAAAAACGCCAAACUAUGGUCGGUACUCCAUAUUGGAUGGCUCCUGAAGUUGUAACGCGUAAACACUAUGGAAAAAAGGUUGACAUCUGGUCGCUUGGAAUAAUGGCUAUUGAAAUGAUUGAAGGCCAACCACCAUAUUUGAAUCAAACGCCGCUACGAGCUUUGUAUUUAAUAGCAGCAAAUGGACGCCCUGAAAUAAAUAAUGACAAACUUUCUGAAAAGUUGCGUGAUUUCUUAGAUCGCUGUUUAGAAGUAGAAGUUGACAAGAGAGCAACAGCUGAUGAGUUGUUACAACAUGAGUUUCUUCAAGAUUGUGCCGAUAAACGAACUUUGAUUCCGCUCAUUAAGGCAGCUCGUCAAAUUCUUAAAAGAGAUUCAUGAAAUACAUAAAUGAUGAAAUUUUUGUAACGGAAUUGUAACUACUAAUUUUUCACAAGCUAUUCUUUCUAAAAAUUAAUUUUAUGUUUUAGAUAUUACAAAUUGGUUAGAAAUAGUCAAUUGAAACUAUAAAAAUAGUACCCUACUGUGAGAAUCAUGUGUGUCAUGUAUUAAAAACACUUAAUCUUAAAAAUCAUGAUUUUUUACAAAGGAAACUUACUGCUUAGGCGAUGAAAUUUAAUUAUUUCAUAUCAUAACAGUAUUUUGAUAAGGAGGAAAACAAUUUUUUUUUUUUAAAACUAAAAAUUAAAUAAGAAUUGAACAUAAAUUCUCUUGACGUUUUUUGUAUGUCUAAUAAAAAUUUUGAUUUUAUUUAUUUUCUGGCUUAAAAAAAAUGAAACUAAUAGAAAAUAAUCAAAUUAAAUUUUAUGUGCGUUUUGACGCGUCAUUGUCUAUUUUUUUUUAAUUUUUUAUUAUCUUCACCUAGGCUCAUUCUGAGCUUUUUGUGGAUAAUAAUCAAUAUUCAUAAAGUGCCUUUUUACAUUUAUUUUAUUAGACCUCGAAUAGGAACUAUAUCGAGUAUCUACUAGAAUUAAUGGCAAAGUAAAUCUUAGAGUGGGAUAAUAAUUGGAAAUAAUAAUGUGAAAUUUUUUUCUUCUUCUCUUUAUUAUAUUUUAUUUUAUAUUUUUUAGAUUCAUAUAUAUAUUGUAUGAAAUGGCCUUAUUAUAUCGAAUUUUUACAUAUUAUAUUUCUUUAAGAAGAUAAAUUAAGAUCAUUUCACGUAAAUUCAUAUGAAGUCAAAUCAAAUCACUUGCCUGUGAACAGAAAAAAUUAAAAACUUUAAAAUUGUUUAAAUUAAAAUUGUUUUUUUUUUUUUUAUUUAUUUUCUUAUUUCUGACUUAGUUAAUACCCAAUUAUAUUUUUCUGGUCAACAUGGUGUUUUUGUGAUUGUACGUACAUGUUAAAACUAUAUUCGAUACUACAUAAAACAAAUCAUAUUUUUUUUUUGUAUGUAAUAUAUUAAAAUUUAAAAAUAGCCUCAGAAUGAAAAACGAUAAUGUGUUUAUCAUAAGUACAUGUUUUAUCAAACCAAUUAGUUUUGUAAUAAAUACUGUAGGAAUUACUUCGUAAGUUAAGGAAAUACUUUCGGAAGUAAUAAAUGAUGAGGACAAAUAGCAUAUUCAACUAUGAAUAGUUAAUGUUUUUUGUUACUGCCUUUCAAAAAUAUUCAAUAUCCUAUUCUCUACGUCUAACAAUUGAUUGAAUAUUUUUAAUCAAUUAAUGCAUUCCAAAAACCCUUUCUGUUUCGCUUUAAUAAUUUCAAAUAUUUACCUACAUUU